AUGUCGGCCUCUCCUGCGCACGAGGAUCUCGGCGAGGAAGCGAAAGCAGAUGAGCUGGAGGAGUCUGCUGCUGACCCUGAGCAAGAACCUGAAGCACCACCGAAGCGCAAGCGCGGCCGUCCUCCGGGUAGCAAGAACAAGAAGUCCGCUGCCGCUAGUGCAGCGGGUCCUUCUACGUCUGCUGCAGGGGAAGGAUCGAGCGAUGCCCCCCCUGCUAAACGUCCGCGAGGCCGACCUCCCAAAAGGAAAGCGGAGGACACGGAAACCGAGACCAAACCGAAGCGUCCGAGAGGACGUCCACCGAAGAAGAAACCUGAACGCAAGGACGACGGUGAUGGUGGCGAUGGCGAGGCCGCUGAGUCGAGUGCUCCGAAGAGGAAGCGAGGGAGGCCUCGCAAGGAGGUCGCUUCAUCUUGA